UGUUUUCAAUUUAUUUUGCUCUCCCCUAAUUUUGAAAUUCACUCCGACUCCAUCGUUAAUUAAAACCUAGAAAUUCAAAUUGUCAAAACCCCCAAAACCCUCAACACAGAAUCCGUGCAGAGACAUAUCCAUGGCUUUGCGGCUUCAACAUUUCAGGCAAGUAAUUUCCCUCUACAAACCCAAUUGAUUUACAUUUUCAAUUGCUUUUAUUUUCCAAUGAUGAUUUCACCCUUGCGCCGAAACUUCACAUCUUUAAUUCCGACGCCGUGUUUUUUCGUAUGCGGCGAACCCCAUGUUUCUUCCACUUUCUCUCUCCAUUUCUUCUCUACUCUGAACGGAAAGCAAACUACAGUCUUCGAUAUCUUGUUGCACAAACACCAUUUUUCUCAUGAAGUUGCUUCAUUAGCUUCCUCACAUCUGAUUCGUCUCAAGAACCCGGAAAAGGCCGAUUUAGUACUGUCGUACUUCAACGAAAUCGGCUUUUCGAAACCCCAAUUGGAGAAAAUCGUUCGGUACAGGCCCCGUAUUCUCUCGGCGAACGUUGAAAAAAUAAUUAAGCCCAAAGUCAAGGUUUUCCGGGAUUUGGGGUUUUCGUCGGACAGCUGGGCGAAGAUAAUCACGGCCCAUCUGCCGAUUAUUCACUCGAGCCUGAAGAACAGUAUUCUUCCCGCGUUGAAUCUGCUGAAGGAAUUGUUGGGAUCCGACGACGAGGUGGCCAGACUUUUAAAGACGUGCGCUUGGUUCGUGACGACCGAUUUGGAGAAGAAUAUGAUGCCGAACGUCGAAUUCUUGAAAAGCUACGGCGUGCCGAUGGAGCAUAUCCUCAUCUUGUUCCGUUACAGCCCGAGGUGUAUGUUGAACAAGCCGGAAAUUAUGAGGAAAUCCGUCCGCAAAACCGAGGAGAUAGGGUUUAAUCGAAGCUCCAAGAUGUUCGUUUACGCUCUUCGAAUUAUUUCUUGCAUGAGCGACGAGGUGUGGGAACUCAAGUUGUGGGGGUUUCGGGAUUUGGGGUUUUCGGAUACGGAAAUAUUGAGUAUGUUUAGGAAGGCGCCUACAUUGUUUACGAAAUCAAUGGAGACGACAAAAGCUAUAAAAGAAAUUCUUCUCGAAACGGGGAAGUUCGGUAUGUCGUCUAUUGUGAAAAACCCGAUGUCUCUUACUUGCAGCAUCGAGAAUCGGUUUAAGCCUCGCCAGGAGAUUUUGGGGAUUCUUGAAAGUAAGGGUCUCAUUAAGUGUUGGCCUAGUCUCUCGACAUUUUGCAUAUUGACCGACGAUAAAUUUUUCAAGAAAUUUAUUGGCCCUAAUUUGAAUCAACUUUUGGCUGAGUCUACAUCGCAAAAAGGGAAAAAUUAGAAUCGUAAAACAUCUGCUCGAAGCACUGGAAUGAAUCGGAUAUUUUCAUUUUGAUUGUAGGGUAAAGAUUACGUCGUUCGGACCAUGUUACUUGUAUUUCGUUUCUCCUAAUAUUGUUCGGAUCUUGGAAUUUUGUCAGGACAAAACUAAAAAAAGUCGACUGGGAAGAUUA